AGCUCUACACAACACUCACAUGAAGGAGCUGGCUAGCUAGGGAUUAUUGUUGACGUUCUGUUGUACUGACAUGUUAAAGUAAAAUAAUAAAGUUGUUGCGAUCAUACGUAUAGAUAGCAAUUUAUUGUAAUGUCCAUAUCAUUCGCAUAUUUUUUCAACCAGAGGAAACUUCGGUCUGAUUCAAAGGUGUGAGAGCUGCCAGUGCUGGGACAGUCCGUCCGUGUGUGUGUGACUGCGCAGGUGUGUGUCAGUUGACUGGCACAGCGCGGAAUGCAAGAUGCUGCUCUCCCUUGGGAUGCUGAUGCUGUCCGCCACACAGAUCUACACCAUCUUCACCGUGCAGCUCUUCGCCUUCCUCAACCUGCUGCCCGUUGAGGCCGACAUCUCUGCCUACACAUUUGACAACAAAACAGGUAAUUUUGAUGACCUGCCUGCACGCUUUGGGUACCGGCUGCCCAGCGAUGGACUCAAGGGCUUUCUGAUUGGUGCACGGCCCGCAAAUGCCUGCGAGCCCAUCGACCCACCCCCUAUCCGGGACAACCUCACUGGCGCCUUCAUCGUGCUCAUCAAGCGCUUCGACUGUAACUUUGACAUCAAGGUGCUUAAUGCCCAGAAGGCCGGGUACAAGUCGGCCAUUGUUCACAACGUGGACUCUGAUGACUUAAUCAGCAUGGGAUCCAAUGACAUGGAUAUUUUGAAGCAAAUCGACAUUCCAUCAGUGUUUGUUAGUGAAGAGACUGCCAACUCCCUGAAAGAAGACUACACAUACGACAAAGGGGGUCAUGUGGUCCUCAUGCCAGACUUCAGCCUGCCUCUGGAAUACUACCUGAUUCCCUUCCUCAUCACCGUGGGAAUCUGCCUCAUCCUCAUCGUUGUUUUCAUGAUCACCAAGUUUGUCCAGGACAGACACAGGGCUCGGAGAAGCCGUUUGCGCAAGGACCAACUGAAGAAACUACCCAUUCACAAGUACAAGAAAGGCGACGUCUACGAUGUGUGCGCCAUCUGCCUCGAGCGGAGUGAUGAGGAUGGAGACAAGCUCCGGGCUCCCUGCUCCCACGCUUACCACAGCAAAUGUGUGGACCCCUGGCUAACCAAGACCAAGAAGACAUGUCCCGUGUGCAAGCAGAAGGUGGUCCCCUCUGCAGGUGACUCCGACUCCGACUCGGAGGGCGACAGCGGAGCCGAGGAGAACGAGGUGUCUGAGAGCACCCCACUGCUGCGUUCCCUGGCCUCCACCAGCGGCCACUCCUUCGGCACCAUGUCAGGRGCCUCGCGCUCCGAGCCUGAUCAGGAGUCCUCAGAGUACGAAGACACCAGCGACGACAGUGAGGAGGACGUCACCGUGGAGACUGAGACGGUGGUGGUCCAGCUGCAGGAGCCUCGUCCCGAUGACCAUGACGCGCCUGAUUGGUUGGCCUGAGUUGACGGACAGGUCACCGGUUCCCCCGCCUCUCCCUCCCCACUCACCCUACAGGCUUGCAGCAGCAGAGACUCAUGCUGGAUGUGCAACCGAGACUGUGUGUUUAAUUUUGAAGUCCCCGUUUAAUAAAAAUUUAUUUUAUCUCUAAGUUUAGAAUGCAAAUCACCAUAAUAAUCAGUUUGUUGUAUGUUUAACCUGAUUUACUGAGCAGUGUCAUCGUGUGUUUUGGGCUAACCAACAACAUUGAUUUCACAGGAACAUUGCAGUAGACUGCACUGUAUUGGUACUGUGGUUAAGUCUGUAUGGGGUGGUAGAACACCGCAGACAUCCUCUUGACUGCGGUUAUACUCGUCACUGUGAGAAAGGGCUCGACACCAACUACAAAGGAAUGCGUUGUGUGUGUGUGUGUGUAUAAUGUAUAGAUCACCAUCCGUAACAUCUUAAAACAUUAUUUUGGUAGCCUGCAUAUCUGUAUGCCUCUGUAUCAGAAGGUGAGGAGUUCUAAUAUUGUAUAUAUUCUUACUGUUUGUAUAGAAAUAUAUAUACAUUUAUAAAUUGAUUGAACUGACCUUUUCCAUAAGACUAUAUAGAAACGAGGCCAUGGGAACAGGGUUUUGUCAAUCGGUCUCGAGCCAGAGAUAAUGGAGUCAAGAGGAGUACGAUUUGGAUGCGACUGAUCUGGUGCGUUGAUAAUACAAAACAAACUGUUUGUGGUGCUGCAUUUCAGCCAAAGGAUGUUAUGCGUUUCCUCUCAGAAGUCACAUGUAAUACAAGCAGAAUGGGGCGGGGAGACCGUUCUGUUCAGAUAAUACCCACGUCUAGACUGCUACAAGCAGCCUGUUUGGCUUAAUCUAGACAUACCAGAGAGAUCAUUUCCCUGAAAUACAAGACACCAUUGGUGGAUAGGUCUUGCAACAUGUAUUUGGUGUCAUAUAUCAUUUUAAUACUGUAAGUAGGUAGUUCUACAAGUAUACAGAACUAAAAUAUAAAACGCAACGUGUUGGUCCCAWGUUUCGUGAGCUGAAAUAAACAAAUCCCAGAAAUGUU